UCCCCAGGCCAACUGCUCGACUGGACUCGGCUCCAAACCCUAGCCCCCACCGCGCGAAUGGCCGACGUGCUUGACCCCGCCUCCGACGCGCCGCGCGCGCGCCGACCGCCGCCGCCUCCCCCGGACAGCCCGGAGGACCCCUCGCCGCAGCUACCCCCGCCUCCGCCCGGCGGGCCCCCGGCGGCGAGCCGGAAGCGAAGCCGCUCCCCGCCGCCGCCGCCGCCGCCUCCGCUCGGCUCGUCGCGGCCCCAGAGGUACCGGGACCACCGCGGAGGCGGCGGCGGGCGGGGCGGGAGCAGCCCCAGCCCUCCGCCGUACCGGGGCAGCCGACGCCACUCGCCGCCCAGGAGGUCCCCGUCGCCGCCGUUCAAGCGGUCGCGGAGGGACGACGGGUACGACCGCCGCGGGGGCCGCAGGAGCCCGCCGCGUUACGGGUACGAUGAUAGGAGGCGAGGUUAUGACCAUGAGAGAGGUGGAGGCAGAGGUGGGUAUGAAGAUGACAGGAACCAUGGCAGAUAUCUGAACCGUGCUCCAGAUUGGCCUGAUUCAGGGUAUGGGGCAGCCAAUGAUGGUCCAGGGGUCACCCAAAGGGAAGGUUUGAUGACGUACAAACAGUUCAUGCAAGUUCUUGAGGAUGAUAUUUCACCAAGUGAAGCUGAACGCAGAUACCAAGAAUAUAGAACUGAGUAUAUCACUACUCAGAAACGUGCUUAUUUUGAUCUCCACAAGAAUGAAGAUUGGUUGAAAGACAAGUACCACCCAACUAACUUAUUAUCUGUUAUUGAAAGGAGGAAUGAACGUUGCAAGGUUAUAGCAAAGGAUUUCUUUCUUGAUUUGCAGAAUGGAACUCUGGACCUAGGCCCUGGAAUAACUGCGGGUGCCGCAAGUAAACCUGGUGGUAGUGAUGGAAAUUCUGAGGAUGAUAUGGACAAUGACAAGAGAAGAAAGCAUGGCAAAGAUUCCUCAAAAGCAACUGAUUCUCUUUCUGGUGCCCCCAAGGCUCAUCCAGUUAGUUCUGAAUCACGUCGAGUCCAAGCUGACAUAGAGCAAACUCUAGCUCUCGUACGUAAGCUUGACGCUGAGAAGGCCAUUGAGGGCAAUGUACUGUCAAGUUGUGAUCAUGACAAGUCAGAUGUAGACAAAUCGCACAUAGGAUCUAUGGGGCCUAUAAUUAUAAUCAGAGGUUUAACGACUGUCAAAGGCCUGGAAGGCGUUGAGCUCCUAGACACUAUUCUUACCUAUUUAUGGCGUAUUCAUGGCGUUGAUUACUAUGGCACGUCAGAGUCGCAUGAGGCCAAGGGCCUUCGUCAUGUGAGAGUAGACAGUAAGACUUCUAGCACAUCUGAUGUCAGUGCUGCUGAUUGGGAGAAGAAGCUGGAUACUUUCUGGCAGGAAAGACUGAAUGGUCAGGACCCGUUGGUCAUACUUACCGCCAAGGACAAAAUUGAUGCAGCAGCUGCUGAAGUUUUAGAACCUCUUGUCAGGAAAAUCAGGGAUGAAAAGUAUGGAUGGAAAUAUGGCUGUGGAGCCAAGGGCUGUACAAAACUUUUUCAUGCUCCUGAGUUUGUUCACAAGCAUUUGAGGCUCAAGCAUCCAGACCUUGUAUUGGAGUCAACAUCAAAAGUUCGAGAGGAUCUUUAUUUCCAAAACUACAUGAAUGAUCCUAAUGCACCAGGUGGAACCCCAGUGAUGCAACAGUCUGCACCAGACAGAGGAAGACGGAGACCUAGCAUGGACAAUCGUCUGAAAUUUGACCGUGGCAGUAACAGAGAACAUGAUAAAUCUGAGAGAGAUGGAGGCAGAUAUGGUAGAGGUGAUCAGUCUCCAAGCCGUGAUGGGCCUGAUGAUCAGAUGUUUGAUGGUUUCCGUGGACGGUCCUCUAAUGGUCCUUUUGUUGCUGAGUUCCCCCCUCCACCGAUAUUGAUGCCAGUACCUGGUGCUGGUCCCUUGGGACCAUUUGUUCCUGCACCUCCAGAGAUAGCGAUGCAUAUGCUGAGAGAGCAAGGGCCACCUCCUCCGUUUGAACCAAAUGGCCCACCACAUGGCAACACAGGAAUGCUUGGACCAAUGAUGGGUGGCCCAGCACCGAUUAUAGCUAUGCCUCCAAAUUUCCGCCAUGACCCUCGUCGUCUGAGAAGCUCAUACCUGACUUUGGUUGCAGUUAUAACGACCUCGAUGCCCCUGAUGAGGAAGUUACUGUCCUUGACUACAGAAGCUUGUAGGUUCGUAAAGUUUCCUCCGUGCUCCCAUUGGAGAAUCGGGUUGCCUUCUCUUAUGAAGACAGAGAUGGAAGGUUACGUACAAGUAAACCAAUUUUUGGGUCACCCUGUAGUCUGUUAGAUUUUGUUGUAACUUGAAUGGCUGGAACUUCAAUAUUUGCUCUUGCUCCUGUCGAACCAUAUACUCCGUGAAUGCACUGCUGUUACUACAGUUGUUAGCCAACUUUUUUUUGACACAAUGCUGUAAUAUUCAUUUACAAACAUUUUUUUAAUUUCCGAUUGCUGAUUCGAGCUGAAUAAAUAUAGGCCUCUGUUUGGAACCUGGGUGUAGUAGUUGUACUGAGCGAUAUGUACUUCACCACCUUCUGCAAUGUGCAAUUUCUCUUGAACA